AGAGAGAGAGAAGUAGAGCGGCGUGCGGCUCGUGCGGAUUUCAGUGACACCACACAGCACGCGGAGGACUUUGCAGAUUGAACGGGGAGCUUUAUUUAAACUCUGUCACUAAAACAAAAAUAAAGAGAAGAAGAAGAAGGAGUAAAGGAAGAAGGAGAAGGAGAAGAAGUGUCGGGAGAGAGGAGGAGGAGGAAUAUCCAAAAAACGCAACACGUAUCCGGUGGAUCCAGAGAGAGAGAGAAGCGGCUGGAGCAGGAGAAGAAGAAGGAGAAGAAGGAGAAGGAGAAGAAGAAGAGGGGGAGAGAUUUGACAUUUUAACGCCUGUCGCGACGCGUUUUUCACUGAAUCGUUCAGAGGAAUAAUGAGGAACGUUUGGAUAAUUUUGACCCUCGGCCUCGCCGCCGUCCUCUCCGGGGAAAGGAUAGCAGAAGCAGCCAAGUCGUCCUCUCAGGCUGAUGACUUGUACCUGGAUGACACAGGCUCAGGAGGUUAUUACCCUGAAGAUGAUGACGACUUUAACUCAGGGUCUGGCUCAGGAGUGGGUGAAGAAGUGGUGAAGGAAACGGUGACUAUCAGCACGGUUUAUUUCGAGCCCAAUGCAGCACAGCCCACCCAGGACUCCACCAAAGAUUUCACUCCCAGGGUGGACUCGGCUACGGUCAGAGAAAAGACACGCGACAGCACGCCCAGGAAACCAUUCAGAACAGAGGCACCAGUGCCAGUUACAGAGGACAUGCAGAAGAACCAGAUGACCAGUACGACCAGUGCCCCCGGCUCACCCCAGGAGGCCGUUGAGGUUCACACUGAAAACCUCUUCCAGAGGACAGAGGUGUUGGCAGCUGUUAUCGCAGGCGGCGUGAUCGGCUUCCUGUUCGCCAUCUUCCUCAUCCUCCUGCUCGUCUACCGCAUGAGGAAGAAGGACGAGGGCAGCUACGACCUGGGAGAGAGGAAACCCUCCGGCGCAGCCUAUCAGAAGGCCCCGACCAAGGAGUUUUAUGCAUAAGGUCCCGCCCCCCACCUCCCAUCACCACAUUGACAAAUCUCAAGUGACUGUUGAAAAAAAAAAAGAAAAACGCAGUCCACAACAACAACAACAACAACAACAACAAAAAUCUCUUCACACACAGCAAGAAACGACAACAAAAACAAUUGUUUUCAAAGUUGAUUAUGGAAAAAUAGCUUAAAGGAAAAGCUUUUGCAUAGAGUAUUGUAGGUGAGACCUUUUCUUUCUUCUUUUUUAAAAAAAUGAAAACCAAGCAUUUCUCAUUUUAUGGCAAAUCUCAGUGUAUUUAAACAUUUUGUGUAUUAUUUGAAAAGGCUGGAAAAAAAAUAAUAAAAACAGGAUCCGUUAAAAGGCGAAGAGGCCGAUCGCUUCUGUCGGAGGAGCAGUUUUUAGUCGCUGACUACUUUUAACUGUAGCAGUGUGUUAUUUGUAAAGAAAAACAAUUUAAAAGUGGAGAUAAUUGAAAAUAAUUAUCCUGUAUCAAUCCUACGUUCAUUUUUAUUUUUUUUUAUUUUGUCCUAGCAUGUCUGAUGUUAAUCUCUAAAGGUGUACUUCAUUAAUUUAUCUUUUCUCUGAUGUUUAAAAAAAAAAAAAUUGCCUUUGUAGUUUUGAUGAAGCUUUUUGAUCUUCAUAUUAACGCUGUUAAUGGUCAAUGUAAAUGUUUCUCCCCUUCAGGUUACAAUGUUUAUUAUUUGCUCUCACAUCCGUUUUUUUUUGUUUUGUUUUUUUAGUCAAACGUGAGCGUCUCAUUAUGUCGUGUUGAUUUUGUUCGUCUCUUCUCGGUGUAGCCUUUCUUUUUCUCGACAGCGUUUUUAUUUUCACAACCAGGAAUCGGUCUUUACAAAAAAAGAAAGAAAAAAUAAUAAUGUGUCAGGGCUCGAUGAAUAAUCACAAACCUUGUUUCUCUUCUUUUCUAUUUAAAUGCAUUUCUCUCUCCCUCUCUCUUUCUCUCUCUCUUUCUCUCUCUCUCUCUCUGACAUUGCACAUUCACUGCUUUUGCUUCCCUCUGCCAUCGAGCAGCUUUGCGUGUGUCAAGCGUUUUUCGGGGUGACGUUUUCUUCUCUGUGGCUUGUGGUGUUUUUUCCGGCCCAUAGCCACCUACGUCCUCAGCGUGUCCCUUCAGUUUACUGACUGCCCCCCCCCUUCUCUUUCCCUCUGUUUACCCUCCCUCUCCCACCUUCUUUUUAAUCAGACUUGAGAAGGGCCCACCUCCCACCCUCCUCCAUCACCAAUCUCUUUUUCUCAGCUGUAUGGAGCCCACCCCCCCCCCCCGGGCAGCCUGGUGCUAUUGUCCGACUCCCAGUGUUGACGGUUUUAGGCCCAAAGACCUGCUCGGUGAAGUCCUGCUGCUGCUCGGCCACAAACAAGCAAGACUAAGGCUGAACUCCCCCCCUUUCACUCACACACAUGCAGAGCACAUACGGUUUCUCUGCAGCAAACAACCCCAGAACGCCCCCCACCCACCCACCUACCCUUACCUCUUUUCAAAAAUAGCAUUUUGGUAAAAGAUGGGUUGUCGUUUUGAUGCAUCCCCAAAGGAGACGGCCACAAAAUGGUAGAACACCAAUUAAAUACAAAGGUUAAUGUCUUUUCCUUUUUUCGUUAACGUCCACUAACUUGCUCUGAAGAGACUCGAGUGUCGUGUCCGACAGGUUUGUGAAGUUGCCUUUCUCAGCUGUACAGUAACGUGAAGUAGUCGCAGUAGAUGCUGUCACAUCGUCUAAACUCCUAACACCACCCACAUGCAGCUGUUAGUCCCUCUACCUCUCCAUCCCUCAUGUUCCUUCCAUCCUCAAAACCCCCACCCCACCCCAUGUCUGUUCUCCUUUCUUGUCACAGGACCUAAGGUACUGAACUACUCUGAAAAACCCAAAGACUCACAGUAUUUCCACCCACACCUUCUCCCCUCCACCAUGGCCACAUCAUUUUGUUUCCCCAUUCUCUCUCUUUUUCUUUCCUCUUUCUCUCUUUAUUAGAGAUCUGACCUUUGAGUCCAAUCGCUUAUUAGUAUAUGAAAAGAUAUAUAAAUAUAUAUAAAUGUAUAUUCACAAAUGUUUUAAACCUUCAAAGUGCCUACCAUUUGGAAAUGUACUUGCUCGGGGUGAGCAUGUGGCGGGUGUGUACACAAAGGAGGGGUGUAAACGACUUGACUGGCAUUCUGUGAGCAUGGAUGACUGUAAUGGUAACUUUUUUUUUAGUCUUACAAAAGCUGACAGUAUUGUACCUAUAAAUUGAAACAACACUACUGAAUAAACAUUGUGGCCUAAUACCA